AUGGCGGAGACGAGUUACGACCCACAGAAGGUCCAGGCCAUUUUACAAGACUACUUGGAGACUCUGGAAGUCCUUACCAUCAACUCGAAGCCGCUCAUAAACGACUUGACGAUGGCAGCCGACCGAUACAAGCCGUUGGCGGCCCAGAUAGUGGGAGUGAUCGAGUCUCGUUUGUUCGAGGUGCCGACCGCCGUCUCCCUUUUCGUGUCUAGAGUUGUGUGUUUGUAUUACUGUAUGUUCAUUCUCUUUGGUACUUUUGUUGUACACGGUGUGUGCGUGUGUGCUGGCCCGCGGGAAGAAGGCGAUGAACGAGUGCACGUCUCGGUGAACCAGAAGCUGCCACUGCUCUAUCUGUUGGACUCUAUUAUGAAGAACUUGAAGGGUCGAUACAUUGAGGUCAUCAACACGAAAGUGGUGGCCAUUUUCUGCCACUGCUUCGAGAAGUUGACUGACCCCAAGACCAGGAUAUCUCUGUACAGACUCCGACAGACGUGGAAUCCCUUCAUCGUGAAGAAGAAGCUGGCGGCCAUCGAUAAACACGUCCACGCCCUCGAUCCCAACUGGCCGGUGACAGCCACAGUCACUGCUCCCACGAGUCCUACCAUACACGUGAAUCCUGACUUCCUACCUGCUGGUGAAAAGGGAGGGAAGGUGUUUUCGUCUUCUUUCACCAACUCCACCUCGUCAUCUCAGGCCUCCACCGCAGCCGGUGGCAGCUCUGGACUCCAGUCCAGUCGUGCCAAGACAGCUCCCGCCAAAGAGCAGGUGGCUCCUCCCUCAGCCCCGACGUCGUCGACGACGACGGCUCCAGUGACUCUGGAACAGAAGAGAAAGAAUGUUCUGGAAGCCAUGAAGAGAAAGAAAGAGGCGCUCCUGGCCAAAGGAUCGACGAGUGGGUCAACAGUGUCCACUCAAAAGCAGGGCACGGGGUCUUCGGCUGACUCUGGGAAACCCCCUCCCGUUAGGAACUCAUCACUAGCGGACCCGCGGAAGAAGGCACCACUAGCUGGCUCUAGUGGCUCCACGAGGCUCCAGAGGACUCCGCCAGUCGCCGAGACACGCAGGGGGAAGAAGAGAUCGUUGCACAGUCCUCGCAGACCUCUCUCCUCUCGCUCCUCUCUCUCUCCUGACUAUGACUCAAAGGUAGAUGGCAGAAAACGAGCAAAGGUCUCCUCGCGUCCCCGCAGUGCUAGCCCCACCCCUCAAUCAUCCGCUCGUCAGAACAGACAUGGGGAGAAGGAGGAGGGGAGGGGGGGAGGGAGGAAAGAUGGAGGUGGGCUCGGCGAGAUUUUGAAGGGGCUGGAUAUCACUAGUCUCAUGGGCAGCAUUCAGAGAGUGAAGGAGCAGACAGAGGGUGACAGAGCUUCUCCUGCUAAAGAGGAAGACCCCAAGGUUGAUGAGCCUCCACCAGAGAAGAAACCAAAACUGGACAAUGAUGUAAUUGCCUCGGCCCCUACCUUGUCAGCACAUAAGGAAGUGGGCGGAGCCAGAGCAGAAGUGGGUGGAGCCACACUUUUGGCCGAAGAUGAAGAUGGGAUCCCGGCAAUAAAGAGCUCUCAUUUGGAUCUCGACGACAUUCCGAUGGAACUUCUUCCAACUCACCAGGAGAAAAUCAUGAAACAGGUUGAGAGGCAGCUGAAAUCAGGUCGUCUGUCAGAGGAACAGCACUCCACUCUGGUGAAGCAGUUGGACCAACUCUACGCCCUGCAGAGGAAGAAGGAGAACGGAAGAGAAGGCAGAGGCGCUGAUUCACCGGCCGACCGGAGGAAAUCUCCCUCCCCUCCUUGCACUAGGCGGGGGGCUGCAAUUGACUGGUAUGGGCAGGGGCCGCCCCCCGAGAGGGGUAGGGGAAGAGGGCACGAGGGGAACCCUGAAAAUGUUAACUACCCACAGAAUCAAGGUAAUACAGGUAGCAGUGGGGGCAGCGACCCGACCAAGCUGUUCGGCAAGUUGGUUGAGAUGGGUUUCAUCAAGGAGGAGGGGGAGGGGCCUCCACGAGAGGAGGAAGGGGGUGGGGCACCUCGGCAGCCACAGGGGGCGGGGCCACCAGACCAAGGCGGACCUCCUCCUCCGUUUGCAAUCCCCAAACUCACCUUCACCGUGGCUACACUCAAAAAGCCAUACUCUUCACUGGUUCACCUAAUGUACAUGGGUGACCCGUGUGCCACGUGUGGGCUGAGAUUCAGAGACCGGAGCACCCAGAAUUACAGCAGCCACCUCGACUGGCACUACAAGAUGAACAGUCGAGACAAGACACUCCAGAGACCCAGACACUGGUUCCUACAUCCUGAGGACUGGAUCAAGUUCGAAGAGAGUAUGGCAAAUGAAGAAAACAGAGAGCCUCUGGUACUGGAGCGAGAGGUGGAAGGGAUGGAGGAAGGAGGGGAGGGGGAGGGAGGGUUGGAAGAUGGCCAAGAGAGCAGCUGUCAGGUCCUCCCUGGAGAGGAGGCUGAGGUGUGCACAAUAUGUGCAGAGCAGUUUGAACAAUUCUGGGAAGAAGAGCUUGAAGAGUGGCAUUUCAGAGAAGCCAUUCGCCACGAGGGAAAGCUCUACCACACCUACUGCUACCAGGAUGCCAAAGAGUCAGGGGAGUUGGAUAAGUCACUACAGCAGCCAAGUCCAGUGGAGACCGACCAAAAGCCAUUAGCUGUAGCUUGUGAGAUAGCAAACUGA